UCUUGCUCAUUUUGAAUGUGCAAGUACGGAGUGCAGUGCAUUGUCCACAAAAGUGUUUCAGUCGUCGAGCUGCAGGGAUACACUAAGAAAAGAGUGGCUUCUUCCCCGACCCCAAGGGAAUUCACUUCCGUUCCUUUUACUAACCUCAAGAUAUUUAACCCCAUGGGGAUAUAUUCUUUGUAUCUGAGAUACUUAUAUUUUGUUGAGAUUCACAUGGUUUCUAUCACCAUAGAUAUGAAAGAUUGCAACAGUUUGAGGCAUCUGUUUUUCAACAUGGCACCAGCUCCACUCUUCUCUUCACCUGGAGUUCAGCCGAUUCAGCCUCAAGCUGUUCAGAAGCAAGUUUGAAGCAUUGUGAGAUUUUCAGGCUAUAUACUUCACCGCAUCAGAGCAUGCCGCAGAAUGGCCGGUCCAACGGCGAUGUAUCGUUCACCCACCCAACAGCCGUCGCAUUCAAUCCAAGUGACCCCUAGGGGUAGAACAUCUGCUGCAUCUCGGUCCGGAAAACGAAUAGCUCGAAGCGUUCCCAGGUCAAUCUACUCUCACUUGGCGUUGGAGUGCCAUCAGUUCCUAAUCUCCAGCCAACCGUACCAAUCGUCCUUCUCCAUCGUCGUCAUUGGAUGAUGUUGCCGUUCAAAGAGAACCUUACCGCGAUUAAAUUAACUGCGUGGAACAACCCUCAAACCUGCAAUAGCAAGUUAAUGGAGUUGGAAAGAAAAUCGGUGGUAUAGAGCCGCGUCCAGCACAUCCCAUUCCAGACCUGUUUCAGGGCCUGCGAUGCUUCAUGCUCGCAAGAGCACCCACCUCCGACCCUUGCCCAUUCAUGGAACAUGCAUAAUCUACCAUAUUGGUAUUUAUAUACAUACCUCGUUCACAGCGGUUUAUUGGUCCUGCAUCUCAGAAACCGAAUCUGUGAUGACUUAGAGUGAUUCCUUAAAAAAAAAAAAAAAAAAAAAAAAAAAAAAAAAAAAAGGGCCCUACAACUGUUAUCAUCCCCGACGAGGUGUCAUGAUAUAGCUGCACGGAGCUUACAAGCUUGACAGAGUUAGUUCGCCCUGUCAAAACCUCGGCAUGCAUGCAAAUACAGAAAAGAACAAAAGAGCCGACAUUCGUGACUCAGAACUGUUCCGAGAAAAACCGAAGCUCUGUCAUUUCUGGUGCCGGUCAACCGUUUGGCACGAAAAGUCGGAAACGUACAUAGUACGGAGAGUACUUGAAUCUUUUUUUUUGCGAGCAGUGGUGGUGGAAUAUAGCGCACCCAUGUGAUCGUCUAAGUUUGUCAAAACUACGGCACACGGCACGCGGCACACGCAUGCCGAGAAUAAUAUGGAAUAAUAAUGAUCAUCUUCAAGGGACACGGAUAGUUUGUAGCAUAUCUGGUUCAUCCGGUGGGGGUGGGGCGGUGGCCUCUCUCCGCCAAGUUAAUUUUGUGUUUUGCAAAGACAUAAAAAUAAAGGAGGAAUAGGGGGGCAAAAAAUUGGGAAAAAAAAAAAAAAAAAAAAAAAAAAAAAGAGUCAAGAUAUAUAAGUAAAGCUCGCAUGUGGCGCAUAUAUUAAUAUUGAUAUCUCAUAGUCUUCCUACCUCGCCCAAGGUCUACUCAGUCGAGCUCGAACAAAUCCUUGUCGGUAUCUAGAGCCGUCUAUCAGAGCCGCACGGUGGUUGCAAAAAAAGUGCAAAUCCCAAAAAUGGAAUUAAUGCUGCACUUGUUCCUCCCUCCCGCUGUCUCUGUUACACAAUACUGUUUGUUGAUCGUCCGUCCUCGGGUCGGCAUCCAGCGUGUGAUAUCCGUAAGUUAAUGUAAAUGAGCGAGAUUCCCUACUGCCUUCGGAUCGGAGACGGAAGAUCGGGUGCUCAAGAUCCCGAUACCCGAUGACAAAUCCCGAGAAAGCCCCGCCCAGCCAGUCCCGUGACCAAGGAGCUGUUUUUGGCCGCUAUCCUCAAGACAAAAACGGCUAUGAAGCGUCUGCGUUUGAUACGAUACAGAAAGAAAGAGAGAUCGUCGUGUCUGGGUUUCUUUGACAGCUGAAUAAUCCCCGCCAAUCGCCUCAAUUGCAACCAGUCCAAAUAACUUAAUCCUACGGCCUUUAACUAACCAACAGCUGCUGUCCAAGCCAUCUGCUAUCAUGGCGUCAUUGCACGGUGACCUCAGCCAUCUUUUACCACUCAAUUUCAAGCACACGAUUACUGCUUGGCUGGAGGAAGAUUGCCCCAGCUUCGACUAUGGUGGGUUCGUCGUUGGAGAAGCUGAAGGUGAAGCUAAGCUAUUGGGAAAGAGCAAGGGCGUAGUAGCAGGUGUGCCUUUCUUCAAUGAAGUGUUCUCACAGCUAGGUUGCACCGUUGAGUGGAAGGUCAAAGAAGGCGAACCGAUCGAACCGAUCACAGUAUGUGCUAUCGUUCGUGGCCCAAUGCGCAAAAUCCUCCUGGGUGAGCGAGUUGCGUUGAACAUCCUAGCACGAUGCUCUGGAAUUGCAACGAAGACAUCUACCCUCGUCAACAUCCUCCGUUCUCACUCCUGGAACGGAAUCUUAGCCGGAACCCGCAAAACGACACCCGGCUUCCGCCUCGUGGAGAAAUAUGGCAUUCUUGUCGGCGGGGCCGACCCGCACCGCCACGACCUCAGCUCCAUGACCAUGCUCAAGGACAACCACAUCUGGGCCUGUUACAAUAAAGGCCAGGUGCAGUCCGCAACGGCAGCGUCAAUAGCCCAAGCCAUCCCCACCGCCGUCGAGGCUGCGCGCGCCGCAGCGGGCUUCUCCACCAAAGUCGAAGUCGAGUGUCGCAGCAUUGAAGAAGCCCAUGCCGCCAUCUCUGCAGGUGCAAAUAUUAUCAUGCUCGAUAACUUCUCCGCAUCGGAGGUGGCCGGGGUAGCGAAAUUGUUGAAGGAUGAGUGGACGGCUAAGGGGAAACCGCGCGGUUCGUUUUUGGUCGAGGUUAGUGGUGGGUUGAAUGAGCAGAACGCGGCGUCAUUUGCGGCUGAGGAUGUGGAUAUUUUAUCCACUAGUAGUAUUCAUCAGGGGGUGGGAAUCGUGGACUUUUCGUUGAAGGUUUCUUUGACGUAGUUGGGCAUUGAAUAUGACAUGCUGGAGGAGAUAAGAUUAGAAUCUUGCGGCUUGUACACGAUUACAUUCUCCUUCCCAGAUGUAUUGCAGCACAUUGUCUCUGUUUGCGUGAUAUCAGCGAUCUAAAUACGUAUAUAUUCAUAAUUGUUAAAAAUAAAUGUAGCCGAAAGACGUACAAUAUACAAAGGAAAAGGCUCGCCCUUAUAUACUUUUAUUUUCAUCCAAAUAGUUGAUAG